AUGCCUUUGAAACCGUCAUCUUCUCAUUCCGAAAGGAAGAAUAGGCUUCAUCUUCAUGCAUCUUCGAGGAAUGCCAAGCAACAAGAAUGGAAUCGUGAAUUGGUGACGUUAUUCAUCAAAUUAUUGAAUGAAAACGACCAUGCUUCGUUGGCUUUAGUGGCUAGAAAUGCUGGAGUUCCGCCACAGUUGCGUCCGGCUGUUUGGCCCACGUUAUUAAAAUAUCAUCCGAUGGUAAUCUCGCCGAACAUCAUGUCGAACACGCUUGUCUUCAAAGAUGAUGAGAAUGAGGCAGAGCUACGGUACUUUCCUGAAGAUAGAAGUGAAGAAGAUAUUUCAGAGUUGAUGGAAAAUGACUUGAACAAGUACUUCCAAGUUAGAAAUUCAGUCCCGGUGUCCGCAGAGAUCCAGGAGAUCAAAUCUCUAUUGAAAGAAUGUGUAUGGCAGUUCUUGAGAAAAUGGAACAAAAUCUGUAAAUAUGAGUCGGGGCUCAUCUGGAUAGCUCUUGGCUUGGCAGAAUGGUGUCCCUUGAAGAAUAACGAUGAUUUGGUCUUGGCAGGUCGGAAACACCAUCAUCAUAACUCUUGUCUGAGACAUUUAUAUGAGGAAUAUCCAAUUCCUGAUGAACUACUGAAUCAAUUACCUGAUACCGAGUUUGAUUUUGCCGCUAUCUAUGAGCGUUUAGUAUUAGUGUUGUUUCAUGCUCCAGCAUUAGACGAAAAACCUGAUAAAUCUAAUUAUCACCUACUUAAGAGUGGGAAUCUGAAUCAACAAUCGCAAUUGUUCUUCAAGGUUUUCGCCAAGACGUUACCCGAACUGUAUCAACCCAUCACUGAUGAAGGCGCUUUGCAAGGUUCCAAGAAGGCUACUUGGUUGUAUUGGUGGAUCAAAUGUUGUGGUUGCAGAGUGUUGCAUCGUCAGGAUAGAGGAAGAGUAUGGGAUGUGUUGCUCGGAUGGAGACCACGUCCUGAAUCAAUCAACUAUUAUCUCGAGUACAACCAUAAAUCAUUUGAAAGCAUUUAUCCACCUGAAUUGAAACUGAGUUCAGAGAUUUUCCAUAAGAUUUGCAAAUGUGAACAUGAUGAGUUUUGGUUCCCAGAUUUGAUGUCGUUAAGGCUCGGUCAAAAUGGAUUGAACCAAGAUGAAGAUGUCAUUCGGGAAUUGAUACGAAGAAAUAAAUAUGGGGACGAUGGUCAUACUACAGAAACACAAGAAAAUGAGAUUCCAUAUUCGCUCUUGAACCCUCAUGCGGAGUUACUUUUCAUAUAUGUUGCCAUUAUGCAACAUAACGAAUUUAAACUUUUAGAGUUUGAGGAAACAGAGAUCACCGAGUUCUUAAAUAAUGUCCCACUGAUAUCAAAAUUCGAUGACUACAACUUCAAGAAGAUGUACGAGGAUGAUGACAUUAGUGGAAGUUCGACAGACACAGAUGAAUCCAACGCUUCAGGAAUUAGACCAAGUUCUUCAAAUCAUAUGAUGAUAGAGGUCGGUACUGACGAUAAGACUGCACACUCGUUUGAUGACAUCUACCAGCAGGCUGGAGACAUCUGGAGAAAUUGGGCUUGGCAGGAAAUGGAAGAAUUCAUAGAAGAAUGA